AUGUGUAGAACCCGAAGGAUAAAGUGUGACGAGACGAAGCCUACGUGCAACCAAUGCGCCAAGUCUCGCCGACAAUGUCCUGGAUACAAAGACGAAUUUGAUCUGGUCUUUCGUAACGAGACCAAGGCGACAGAGAGGAGGGCCCAGAAGGCAAACCGCAAGGCGCUGGCACAGAAGGGAAAGGAUGUCGACUCGCCAUCGUCAGGGUCCGAGAAGGUCAUCUCUCCCACAUUCAAGAAGGAAGCCGACUCCCCAACCGCCGUGAGCCCCGGCCUGAAUGUGCCCGUGGAGCAAAUGGCAUCAUGUCACUUCGUCGCCAACUACGUCCUUUUGCCCCGGCAGGGCAGCACUCGUGGCUUCAUGGAAUAUCUGCUGCCUCUACUCAAGCAUGAUCAGGGCAAUCACCAUCUACAGCAUGCUUUCAACGCGUGUGCUCUUGCCUCGCUAGGCAAUCGGCCGAACGCUGCCGGGACUGGGCUCAGCGACAAGGCCCUGGGCCACUACACGAAGGCACUCGCAGCGACACAUAUAGCCCUCCAGGACCCCGACCAGUCCAAGUCGGACGCCACGUUGGCCUCCGUUCUCAUGCUUGGCCUCUUCGAGAAUAUGACAGCCCGUCAAAUGGGUAUGUUUGCUUGGGGCUCGCACAUCGAAGGAGCAAUUCAACUGGUCAAAGCUCGCGGCCGCAAACAACUACGAACCAAGACUGGUCUACUUCUCUUCAUCGCGGUACGAACCCAAAUGAUCAUACACACCCUGAGUACGGGCACGGCACCCAUCAUGGGCGUAGAGUGGUGGCUCAGCGAUGCGGUCAAGGACGAGUCAGCCGCACAGUGCCAGCGGUUAAAUAUCAAGACUGCCGAAUUGCGUGCCGAGGUCACCCGUCUGAUGUCGACUGUGGCCAGAAGCCCCGAAAAUAUUGACAUCAUGCUUGACAUGAUUCGGCGGGCGCAGACAGUUGAUCAAGAGUUUGUGAAUUGGAUGAGAAACACGCCAGACUACUUUCAGUACACAACCGUGGCGUGGGAAGACAACGUUCCCAAUGGGGACUAUACCAAGGCCGAGGUGUUCCCGGGUAGGGUAGAUGUGUACCAAGAUUUCUGGAUUGCCAGUGUUUGGAACAUGGCACGAGUAUCCCGCCUGAUUCUUGCGUCGGUCAUCGUCCGUUGCGCCGCGUGGGUCUGCUCGCCCGUCGACUAUCGUACAACCCCGGAGUACGCGACGGCGGCACGCACAUGUGUCGACACCAUCGGCGACAUUAUCGCUUCGGUACCAUACCACCUCGGCUGGCACUUGAAGCGUCCCGAGCUUCUAGAGCGAGCAAACAUCUCCGGCUUCGCUUGUGGCUUGGAAGAAUCCCAAAAAGGCCUUCCCGGUUACUUCCUCACGUGGCCGCUGGCAUGUCUACACGGCCAAGACUACACGACGGACGCCCAAAGAGCUUGGGUGGUUGGUCGCCUAAAGUUCAUCGGCGACGAGCUGGGUGUUAAGUACGCUCAUAUUCUAUCACAGGCAAGUUCAUUCUUGCAAGUUCGUAUCCCGUCAAUGCUCAUCAGAAGAGAUGGGUUGAUGGCGCAGCCCUACCCACAAGCUCACAACUUUGAGAAGCUCCUUUCAGCGAGAUAUGCUCCUCCAACCGCGGGCUACUCCAUGAACCCUCUUCAGCAACGUGAGGCUAUGCAGAAGGAGUUUGUGGAAAAGCACAAGGCAGAGCUACUUGCAAAAGCCACUGGAACCGCAGGUCAGGCAGGACAGUGGGUGGCGCAGAACUGGUUGACGGUGCGGUCCGGACCGCAAUGA